AUGGCAGAAGUUAAGUCAAUGUCGAGCAACGAGCACACGAACGGAGGUUUGGCGGAUGAGCACCCAAAUGAACACAGUCAACCUGCACCUAUUGAAGACGUUAAAAUCAUUAUGGAUGAAAAAAUUCAAACAAGAGCUAAGGGAAAUUGGAAAAACGACACAGACGAAGGACGACAAAUAGCUGCUUCAUUCCUUCUCAAACAGGUGUCGCCCCUGUUAACUCCGGGAGUUAGGUUUCGUCCUCGGUGCAAUUACGGAGCGCUUGUAUAUAGGGUUGCAAUCACGCUGGAGCAGGUGUCGCCCCUGUUAACUCCGGAAAAGAACGGCCGAGAAGCUACCGAGUUCUGGAAUCUCUUUGAAAAGAAGAGGGAGCUGGAAAAACAACAGUAUGCUUUAAGCACAUUAAAAGUCAUGGGUACUGCAGCUGUACAUCAAGAGGCUCAGUUAAUUGGACGUCUAUCGAACGGGCAAGAUGACAAGUGCGGCGAGGAUAAAGAUAAUGGCAAAAAUAUAGCAAACAUGAAACGACAAGGAGACGUCCAUCUCGAUCAAACAAAAUCAAAGUCCCGAAAAAUUGAUGCUCAUGAGCCAGCUGAUGGCCAGGUAGAUAAACAUCAGGAUGACGACAUAGUUGAAUCAGUUGUAUACUUUAAACAAUACCUGACAAGCAGCUAA